UGGCUGGAGGCGUCUGAGGGGCGGACGGAGGCGGCGGCGGGAGCGGGAGCGGGCGCGGGAGUGGAGCAGCCGCCGCGGGACCGACCGGACCGAGCUUCGCCGGCGCACCUGCCCGCAGCGCCCGCGGAGCGGCCGGAGCGCGACCACCUCCCGGAGCGGCGGCCGAGGCGGCGGGGAGCGGGCGCGGCAGGCGGGACGCGGCGUCGAGAGAAUUUUACAUGUUUGGGAGAACAGACCAGCAGCACUUCUGAAUUAAGAUCUCAGAUUCUUUGAGGUGGCUUUGAAGAGCACUAAGAUUAGAAGAUGAGUGAACUUGACCAGUUACGGCAGGAGGCCGAACAGCUUAAAAACCAAAUUAGAGAUGCUCGGAAGGCGUGUGCAGAUGCGACUCUCUCUCAGAUCACAAACAACAUCGACCCUGUGGGAAGAAUCCAGAUGCGCACCAGGAGGACGCUGAGGGGACACUUGGCCAAGAUCUAUGCCAUGCACUGGGGCACCGACUCCAGGCUUCUAGUCAGUGCCUCGCAGGAUGGUAAACUUAUUAUCUGGGACAGCUACACCACAAACAAGGUCCAUGCCAUCCCUCUGCGCUCCUCGUGGGUCAUGACGUGCGCUUAUGCCCCUUCUGGGAACUACGUGGCCUGCGGAGGCCUGGAUAACAUCUGCUCCAUUUACAAUCUGAAAACUCGUGAAGGGAAUGUACGUGUGAGUCGUGAGCUGGCUGGACACACAGGUUACCUGUCCUGCUGCCGUUUUCUGGAUGACAAUCAGAUCGUUACCAGCUCUGGAGACACCACCUGUGCCCUGUGGGACAUCGAGACUGGCCAGCAGACGACCACAUUCACUGGACACACCGGAGAUGUCAUGAGCCUUUCACUCGCUCCGGACACCAGACUGUUUGUCUCUGGUGCUUGUGACGCUUCAGCCAAACUCUGGGACGUGCGAGAAGGGAUGUGCCGGCAAACCUUCACCGGCCAUGAGUCCGAUAUCAAUGCCAUCUGUUUCUUCCCGAACGGCAACGCAUUUGCCACUGGCUCAGACGACGCCACCUGCCGGCUGUUCGACCUCCGUGCAGACCAGGAGCUCAUGACCUACUCCCAUGACAACAUCAUCUGCGGGAUCACCUCCGUCUCCUUCUCCAAGAGCGGGCGCCUCCUUCUCGCAGGGUACGACGACUUCAACUGCAACGUCUGGGAUGCCCUCAAGGCCGACAGGGCAGGGGUCUUGGCCGGGCAUGACAACCGCGUGAGCUGCCUGGGAGUAACUGAUGACGGGAUGGCCGUGGCGACGGGGUCCUGGGACAGCUUCCUCAAAAUCUGGAACUAACCCUGACAGCAGGUGGACGCCACAGUGACUGGAAGACCAUUCCAGCCUUGGAGCGUUGCAGAUAGCAUUUCCCAUCUACCCCUACUAACGCGGACGCCCUGCACCCCUCAGAACUUCAAAAGGGCAAGACCUUCCCCUCACUUAUUGCUGAAACCAAGAGCACAAUUCCCACUGAGAGAAGAAUCUCUGUGCUGUAACUAAAACGAAUCGUGCAUUCCUUCCGGGACCAUUGUCUUUGUUUUCUUUUUUUGUUUGUUUUGAAUGAAUUUAAAAGGAAAUACUAUAAUAAAAAUGUUAACAAGAAGGUAAACUUGAGUGUAAUUGUAAGACAGACACACCUUUUUACUAGUUUAUUUGAAAUCUUGAUCAAUAAUCCUGUUUGGUGAUGUUCAUGCAAAACAAGUUGAGGACUUCAUCUUGUAAUUGACUCUGAAUUCUAGAUUGUGUUUGUAACAGGAUUUUGCAGACAUGAUUCAUAUUUCUUUCUUAAAAUAUAUUUCUUUCUGCUCGUAGUUAAACAGAGAAGGAGGGUCUGGUAUGGCCUUUCUGAGAUUGUUAAUGAUGUAAAUUUAGUCCCUGGUUUUUUUACUUCCGUCUCGUGUCACAUGACCGUCGUGCGCAUGGUGUAGAAGGAUGAUGCUGAGAAGUCAAGGAACUGAGCACGCGGACGAACAGUGGCCACAUCAGGCGCCUUUCCCCCGACCCACCCUCUCCCCUCAGUUUGGUUUUUAGUCCCACCCGGUCUCCUUGUGAAGUUGGAGGGAGGCUGACACAACAGCGCGACACUACCCUGUGCCCCACCCGGCCAUCACGAGCCUCCGUCCUCAAGAGCGGUGCCGUCCUGUGCGUGGAGAGUCAGUCAGUUAUUUGUGUAUGAAACAAUGUACAAAUCAAUGUUUUGAAAAUAAUGAUCUCAAACUUUCUAAGUUAAAUUUUAAAAAACCUGAUCGUUUGCCAUAUGGGGUGGGUUUGCUCUUAGAACCGCAUGCUGUAGAAAUGCUCACAGUGCAUAUAGGACUCAGUCCUUAGAUGUUCUUUUUCUUUUAAGAAAUAACCUCUUUGAAGUUGUGACGUCGCGCUCUGUCCACUUCGCGUCGCCCCUCUGUGCACACGCAUCGCAUUGGAGGCCGUGCAGUUAGCGGCUCUACACGCUCGCCUGGCGAGAUGUCACUGUUUUCUUUCUUUAAAAAACAAGUCCUGUUCCAAAAUCGUUGUUGGAUGGGGUGGGGGGUGUACAGGGAACGGAGUCCCUGGCCUCCCUUAUGGAUUCCUCACGGCCCGCCUCUCCCGGGAACCAGCCUUUGUGCUGAGGCAGACCACUUUUCUAACACGCAGAUGUCCCUGGUUCCGUGCGCGUCCAGUGUUGGGCAGCGGUGCUGGGACAACGCGGGCCUCCUCCCCGCACCAGCGCCCCCGUAGCGGCAGCAGUGGCUUCUCCACCUGUGUUUGCACCAUCCUGUGCGCCCUGUGCCCUGGACCCGCAGAGAGUGGGAUGAGCCCCCGCCCCCGUCGGCACCUCUGUAGAGCUCUCUGCACCCUGUCCCUCACCUUUUGUAUUUAAUUUUAAAGUCAAUGUACUGCAAGGAAGCUGGAUGCAAGAUAGAUCCUAUAUUCAACUGUACUGUUAUUUAAGAUGUAAUAAAGCAGUUUGACAUGA